UACUUCACCGCUCUGAUGCCCUUCGUCUCACAGUCUGCCUGGAUUGGCCUGCGUAUGCGGGGCAAUGCAUCCCAAGGGGCUGGACCCACCGGCGUCUACGAGUGGGUUUCCUCCCCCAAUCGAACAGCAACACACCAACCAGACGUCGGAUUCUUUAACUGGGCGGCCAGACGCUACUUGGACGUCGGCGGUCAUCCGGGGGCUGUUCAGGUUGGUCCCUCCUUUUUAUCCCGACUGAUAUUGAGAAUAUUGACAAUUGCACGGGAGUGA